CUGCUCCCCUACCUAGCUUGGUUGUGUAGGGGAAAGGAAAUCCAAUAACCCCGAAGCGGUCGGAAUGGCAACAUUUGGAAUUUUGAGGAAAUUGCCCAACUGCAACCAAACCAUACCUGACUGCGCCCGUGCUUCGACCCUGUCCCUCUCACAAAGGCGCCUCUCAUUCGCUCUUCCAACCUCAGCAUUCCUAUUCCAUUAUUCGGCGAGGGCAAGGCACUGUGUGCCCGGCGCCCCUUCAUCGACGACUGACCAUGGCUGUAGGCACGCUCGCCGAUGCGCCCAAGGACCUUAUCAGUGAGAUCAAGCACCUGGAGGAGCUCUUUACCGUCGACACGGCCAAGCUAAAGGAGAUCACCAAUCACUUCGUCAAUGAGCUCGCAAAGGGGUUGAGCGUGGAGGGGGGUAGUAUCCCCAUGAACCCAACAUGGGUCAUGUCGCAACCUACCGGCUAUGAGACGGGCAGCUACCUGGCCCUGGACAUGGGCGGCACCAACCUGCGCGUCUGCCAAGUCACUCUGACGGAGCAGAAGUCCGAGUUUGAUAUUAUCCAGUCGAAGUACCGCAUGCCGGAGGAGCUGAAGACGGGCGACGCAGAGGAGCUCUGGGAGUACAUUGCCGACUGCCUGCAGCAGUUCAUCGAGACGCACCACGGCGACGUGUCCAAGCUGGAGAAGAUCCCCCUUGGCUUCACUUUCUCGUACCCGGCCACCCAGAACUACAUCGACGAGGGCAUCCUGCAGCGCUGGACCAAGGGCUUCGACAUUGCCGGCGUCGAGGGCCGUAACGUCGUGCCCAUGUUUGAGGCCGCCCUCGCCCGGAGGGGAGUGCCGAUCAAGCUGACGGCUCUCAUCAACGACACGACUGGUACCCUCGUUGCCUCGGCCUACACCGACCCUAAGAUGAAGAUCGGCUGCAUCUUCGGCACGGGCUGCAACGCUGCCUACUUCGAGGACUUCGGGUCCAUUCCCAAGCUCGCGCACGUAGACAUCGCACCCGACACGCCCAUGGCGAUCAACUGCGAGUGGGGUGCCUUCGACAACGAGCACGUGGUGCUGCCGCGGACGCCCUAUGAUGUCGCCAUCGACAGGGACUCUCCGCGCCCGGGCCAGCAGGCGUUUGAGAAGAUGAUUGCGGGCCUGUACCUGGGCGAGAUCUUCCGCCUGGUCAUGGUCGACCUGCACGACAAGAAGGAUGUCAACAUCUUCGCAGGGCAGGACGUCUCCAAGCUCCGGAAGCCGUACACCCUGGACUCAUCCUUCCUGUCAGCGAUCGAGGAGGAUCCGUUUGAGAACCUCUCCGAGACGCUCGAGCUCUUCCAGAACAAGCUGAACAUCAGCCCCAGCCUGCCCGAGCUGGAGCUCAUCCGGCGCACCGCCGAGCUGAUUGGCACCCGCGCAGCCCGUCUCUCGGCGUGCGGCGUCGCUGCCAUCAGCAUCAAGAAGGGGUACAAGACGUGCCACGUGGGCGCCGACGGCUCCGUGUUCAACAAAUACCCGCACUUCAAGGCCCGCGGCGCCCAGGCGCUCCGCGAGAUCCUCGACUGGCCCGAGAAGAAGGACCCUAAGGAGGAGGAUCCCAUCGAGAUCCUGGCUGCUGAGGACGGCAGCGGUGUGGGUGCCGCCCUGAUUGCCGCGCUGACUCUGCAGCGUGUUAAGGCGGGCAUCAUGCACGGCAUCCUGAACAAGGAGAACUUUGUGUAGGCGUCCCCCUGGCCGUUCUUUGAGGAAAGUCUUGGGAGGGGACUGCAUGAAUGCACGCAUUGAAAAAAGGAUUCAGCUUCGAGACAUUUGCUCCGGGGUUGCAGUCACAGCUUCCCAACACCGGCACGGCAUACUCGCUGGGGGUCAUAGGCUGCUGGGACCAGGAUUCGAUCGUGGGAACUUUAGCCGGCUCUAGCGGAAAAAGAACGAAAACCAAGCAGCCGACAGCCAUCGUUUUGGUCGAUUUUAGGGUAAAACAUGCUACCAAUGCUAGUCUGAUGGCAAUGCAAAAAUACAAUGCCGCCGUCCCCCGUACGGGGCC